AUGGUCCCUGCUGCGAAGGAACUCAGUCUCAGGGGGGAACCAGAAAUCCAGUGUGAGAAGGGCAUGUUUGCGCAAAAAUCGUCUGGAAAAGCACUGUUUAACCUGAGCUGCAGCCACCUCAAUCUUGUUGAAAAAGAAUAUUUUGGAUUAGAAUUCUGCAGCCAUUCUGGAAAUAAUGUUUGGUUGGAACUUCUGAAGCCCAUAACCAAGCAAGUAAAAAAUCCUAAGGAGGUUGUUUUCAAAUUUAUGGUGAAAUUUUUCCCAGUGGACCCUGGGCAUCUUCGGGAAGAACUUACAAGGUACCUUUUCACUCUUCAGAUAAAGAAGGAUUUGGCUGUAGGAAGGCUUCCAUGCAGUGAUAACUGCACGGCGCUGAUGGUAUCGCACAUCGUCCAAUCAGAACUGGGAGACUUUCAUGAAGAAACGGUUAAGAAACAUCUGGCACAAACCCGAUACUUACCAAACCAAGACUGUUUAGAGAGCAAGAUAGUGCACUUUCAUCAGAAGCACAUUGGCAGGAGCCCAGCUGAAUCAGACAUUCUGCUACUGGAUAUCGCGAGAAAGCUGGAUAUGUAUGGCAUCAGGCCUCACCCCGCCAGUGAUGGCGAAGGGAUGCAGAUUCACCUGGCUGUUGCUCACAUGGGAGUGCUGGUGCUGCGGGGAAAUACAAAGAUCAAUACUUUCAACUGGGCUAAAAUUCGCAAGUUGAGUUUUAAGAGAAAACAUUUUCUCAUCAAACUUCAUGCCAACAUCUUGGUAUUAUGCAAAGACACUUUGGAGUUCACCAUGGCCAGCCGAGAUGCCUGCAAGGCUUUCUGGAAGACUUGUGUGGAGUACCAUGCUUUCUUUAGGCUUUCUGAAGAGCCCAAAUCAAAGCCCAAAACCCUCCUUUGUAGCAAGGGUUCCAGCUUCCGCUACAGCGGGAGAACCCAAAGGCAACUUUUGGAAUAUGGGAAAAAAGGGAGGUUGAAGAGCUUACCAUUUGAAAGGAAACAUUACCCAUCUCAGUACCAUGAACGACAGUGCAGGUCCUCACCGGACAUACUCUCUGAUGUAUCAAAACAAGUGGAAGAUUUGAGACUAGCAUAUGGCAGUGGCUACUACCGAAACGCAAACGGAGCGCAUGCCUCUGAGCCCGUGCUGGACGGCAGGAGGAGGAACUCUGCAGUCGAGGUGACAUUUGCAGUUGAGCUGGAGCAUUCCAAACCAGAGGCAGAUCGAAUAUUGCUACAUCAGUCCCGAAGCAGCUCCUCGUUCCCUUUUAUUUAUUCAGAUUCUGUUUUUAGCACUGACCCUGAUCCAGACCCCAGAGACUUCUUUGAGGAAAGGAGUCCUCUAAGCUCCUUCCAAACAAGCUCUAAGUUUGCUGACAAUCACUUAAGCACAUCUUCUGGCCUCACAAGCAAAAUGAGUCCAGCAAGGCAGCUAACUUACACAGAUGUGCCCUAUAUUCCUUGUACUAGUCAGCAGGUUAAUAUUAUGCCUCCCCAAGUCUUCUUUUAUGUGGACAAGCCACCCCAAGUAACCAGACGGUCUCCACUGAUGGCAGAGGAAGAGGUAAGACCAGACAGCUAUAUAGAGCCCACUGCAAUAAAGCCAGCCAAAAGAAGCCCACGGAAUAUCAGACUGAAGAGCUUUCAGCAAGACCUUCAAGAACUCCAAGAAGCUAUGCCCAGGACUAGCAGUAGGAGCAACGUCAAUGUAGAUCUAGAAGAAGACCCAAAUUUAGAAGAUGUAUUCGCAUACAAUAUUCAAGAGCAAACACCUAAAAGGUCUCAGAGCCAAUCAGAUAUGAAAGCCAUUCAUUUUCCUUUUGGGUCAGAAUUUAGACCUCUAGGGCCUUGUCCUGCUCUGAGUUGUAAAGCAGACCUAUUCACAUGUAUGUUUGCAGAGCAAGAGUUCCCAGCAGUUCUAAUGGAUCAGACUGCAGCAGAAAGGUAUGUAGCUAGUGAAUCCAGCGAUUCUGAGUCUGAGAUUCUUAGACCAGACUACUACUCUUUGUAUGGCAAAGGAAUAAAGUCACCCAUGGCCAGGAUCCGUUUGUCCUCUGGUAGUCUGCAGCUAGAUGAAGAAGAUGAAGAUGUUUCUUUCAGCACACCGACUACGGAUGACAGGACUUUGCUAAAACCAUGUAAUUACUUCUUAGCCUAA